AUGUCAUUGGUGGAAGCGCUGGCGCCGGAGCCCGUGGAGCUGCCGAGUGGUGACUCAGGCAUCUCUUUGGGCUUAAACGUGCAUGUUUCGCCAGAGGGGAGUCGGGAGGGACCUACCCCGCCCCAAAACAACGUCGUCGAGCCGGCGCCCUGCGCGCCACAACCUGCCGGCGGCUUGCAGUGCGCGCCACAACCUGCCGGCGGCUUGCAGUGCGCGCCACAACCUGCCGGCGGCUUGCAGUGCGCGCCGCAACCCGCCGGCGACUUGCAGUGCGCGCCGCAACCCGCCGGCGACUUGCAGUGCGCGCCUGGCCCAUGCGACGAGUACUGUGAGCCCAUAUUAGCCGCAUAUUGGGAGACCUUGGACCGGGAGGAGAGGCAGCUGCGGUUCCUAGAACAGCGCUACCAGCCCGAGCCAGUCAGCAGCCCUCCUAUUUAUUCCAUCGCGCCCCUCGGUGAAGAGGCAAGCCUCCAUGACGACAGCAUAUGGAUGCGCCACUCGGCUGUGAAAGUUAUGUGGAGUCAAUGGAGGCCAGCGGCUCCAUCGGCGCAGGCACCUGUGACUUCCAGCUCUUCUCCGCCUACUUCUUCACUCUUCUAGCUGUGAGGAGUUGGCGGAGCUUGACCAACUAGUCAUAAGUGAGCUAUUGACGUGACAUUUGCCUGAACCGAUUUGGCCGACAUGAGGAGGGGAUUCCAGACCCCACGAGUCUACGAGUCAAGUUGGGUGACCCACCCAAUUUUGGCCGAUAUGAGGAGGGGAUUCCAGACCCCACGAGUCUUGGAGUCAAGUUGGGUAACCCACCCAAAUUUGGCCGAUAUGAGGAGGGGAUUCCAGACCCCACGAGUCUACGAGUUAAGUUGGGUGCCCACCCAAGUCACAACGUUGCCGGUAGUUUUAGUUAGAUAAGUUUAGUUAGGUAGUUUUAAUUAGAUAUAGC